CUAUCAAACCCUUUUAGCUAUUAUCAAAAUCUUUCUCUCUCUAAACCUCAAAAUUCGUCCUCGUUCUCUCCUCGUUCCGGCGGUUCAAACCAUUGACGAGUUCUGGAGUUCUGUAUCGGAGCUUCUGAUCGAUCAUAUUUUGAGCUUUAAAGGUACGGUCAUCGUCAUCGUUUACCGUUUACGUUUCCGAUCAAAUUGAGGUCUGUCUCCGCGUCUCGACUCGACGGUGAUCAUAUCGGGUGAAGCGGUUGAGACGGGUGGUGUUUUUCAGGAGUAAGGUAAGCUUAUCUGAGACCUCAGUGAUUUUCUGAAACUAGGGUUUUUGCAUACGGAUUAAUCGCAAGUCACAAGUCACAAGUCCCAUGUUCGAUGAUCUUGGGAAGGGUGAAAUAGUUGAAGAAGGUAUGGAGCCCGAGAUGGAUAGAGAAAUGGAGAAAAUUGACGAAUCAGUGAACGGGGAAGUGGAUUUGGGUCCUACUAGUGCUGAUUUGACCACUGUUAGUAAUGGUUCCAAGGAAGAAAAUGUGCCUGAAACUAUAGAUUGCGGAGUGGAGUGUGAUGCUGAGGCCAACAUAGUUGAACUGAAAAUAGAAAAUGGGGAAAGUGAGGGGAAGACAAGAAACAGUGAAAGCUCUGGUAAAGAGGAAGAUGGAGGAGGUUGUAAAGAGGCAUUUAAUAAUGCUGCUAAGUUGAAGAUGAAGAAAGGGAAAAGAGGCAGGAAGAAAAAGAUGGAGUCUUCUGACAAAGUUGAAGACGGUGUGCCUACAACAAAGAAGAAAAAGGGAAAAAAUAACAUGAAGAAACAGAUCCUGGGAAGCUCAAGUGAUGGAGAUGACAAAGGGCUUGCAUGUUCAAUUAAAGCAGAGGAUGUUCUGCAAUCUGAAGGUACUGAUGGAAAUACUAAUGCAGCUACAACUGAGACGAAAAAGAGGAAACGAGGUAGGAAGAAAAAGAUGUUGAGAAGCUCAAUUGAUGAAGAUGACAAAGUGCUUACAGGUUCAAUUAGUUAUGAUGGUGAAAAAGGAAACAUAAAAAAGUCUGAUGUUGGAGGCAAGAAGAGGGGAAGAAAGAAAAAAUUGGCUUUAAGUUAUGCUUGCAAUGGAGAUGUUUCGGCUGGAAAUACAAAAGGUGUUGUCCGUGUACUGCGGUCAAGCUCUAAGGUGGAAAAUGAUGUUUCUGUAGGUAAGCAGAAAAAAGAUUUAUUUAACAAUAAAGCAUCAAAUAUUCACUUGAUAGCUAAGCCAAAGAUGAAAAUGAAAGGUCGUCGAGGGCGACCGCCGAAAUCACUGACUGCUGGUUCUGGUGACAAGUUGGCAGUGUCAAACAUCAGCGACGGUGUAAAAAGGUCAAAAGAAAUUAAUGCAAACAAUACAAUAAAAAGGGGUCGAGGAAGACCACGAAAGUUGCAGGAGCAAAGUGGGCACCCCAAAUCUUCUACUCACUCUGUUGAAGCCACUAAACCAAAAAGGGGUCGAGGAAGACCGCCAAAGGUGCAAAGGGAGAGUGGAGACUUCAAGGCUAUCAACUUGAACGAUGAGCCUACAGUGCUAAAGGCGAAAAAAAACAUAAGGACAAAAAAGAAUGUGGAAAAACGUCGUGAAAGUAGGCACUUCAAGGUUUCUUCUUCUGACCAGGUGACAGAUUUUAACAAUAGUGGUGAUAUAGCACUGUCUGGUGACGUCUCUAAGAGUCCUGCACUUCCAAAUGGUACAAGUACUUUGGUCUGUCAUUCACUAAGUGCCUCUGAAAGAGCAGUUGGUGAUAUAGCACUGUCUGGUGACGUCUCUAAGAGUCCUGCACUUCCAAAUGGUACAAGUACUUUGGUCUGUCAUUCACUAAGUGCCUCUGAAAGAGUAGUUGUGGAAGGUAUACAAGAGGAGGAGGGUACAGGGAAGGAUCAGAUCAGAAGAUCUAUACAAAAGAAUCAACUUAAAGAACGAAUUCUCAGUAUACUAACAGGUGCUGGUUGGACAAUUGAGUACAGGCCGAGGAAUAACAGAGAAUACAAUGAUGCCGUGUAUGUGAGCCCUGAAGGGAAGACCCAUUGGUCAAUAACCCUUGCAUACAGAAUGCUUAAGGAAAAAGUGGAGUCUGGAGAAGCAGAUAGUGUUACAAUUUCAGCAUUUAGUGUGAUCCCAGAGGAAGAAUUCACAAAGUUGUUAAGGACCACUACGCCUGGAAUAAAAAAGGGGAAAUAUAAAAGGAAAAGAGGGGUUGAAAGCGAGCCUAGUGUUACUGUAGGCAGCAAAAAGAAGUUGAAAAGACUCAGGGAAGAUAAAAAGGUCAAUUCAAGUCACACUCGCAAAAGAAAGCUAGAUUCAGCCAGGAAACAAAGCGCUAAAUCACUCAAACAAAAUAAAAAGAGAUUUGCACUUUUAGUUCGUGAUUCCGAGGGUGAUGUAGGUCAAGAUAACGAAGGUUGUGUACAAUAUGAUGGGAAACGCAGUCUACUUUCUUGGAUGAUUGACUUAGGGACCAUUUUGCUUGAUGGAAAAGUUCAACAAAGAAGUUCUAGAGGACCAUUCACGGGCAGGAUAACUAAAGAGGGAAUACAUUGUGAUUGCUGUAACAAAAUCCUCAGUGUGUCAGAUUUUGUUUCUCAUGCUGGAAAUACAACUAGUCAGCCACUUCAGGCCAUAUGCUUAGAGUCUGGAAUCUCCCUUAUGCAGUGUUUAUUGAACUCAUGGAAUAAAUACAAGGAAUCUGAAUUCUUUGGAUUUCAUUCAGUUGACCUCAAUGGGGAAGAUCCAAAUGAUGAUACAUGUAACAGGUGUGGAGAUGGUGGGGAUUUAACUUGUUGUGAUGGUUGUCCUUCAGCAUUCCAUCAAAGUUGCUUGAACAUAAAAAUCCCUUCUGGCGAUUGGUAUUGUGCAUACUGCACUUGCAAAUUCUGUGAGAGCGUUGUGGAGAGUGCCCGUCAAAAGGAUGAGAAAUGUUCCAUGGAAGGCUUGGAAUUGCUCAACUGCUGUUUGUGUGAACAGAAAUAUCACAAAUUAUGUGCACCAGAUUAUGUUGCUUUGGAUGUUGAUUCUAGUUUUCAGUCAUUUUGUGGAAAGAAAUGUCAAGAGAUAUUUGACCAACUACAAUUGCGCCUUGGGGUAAAAUACCAACUUGAAGAAGGAUUUUCAUGGAGGCUUGUGCGACUUUCUGGUGAAACUCAAGAUGAACUUAUUGCUUCUAAUCCUACUAAAGUUCAAUGCUACUCCGAGUUGGCUGUGUCGUACACUAUUCUGGAUGAGUGUUUCAAGCCAAUUCUCGACCAAAGGAGCGGAAUCAAUAUGAUUAGGAAUGUUGUCUAUAGCUGUGGGUCAAAUAUUAAGCGGUUAAACUACAGUGGAUUCUUGACUGCUAUUCUGGAGAGGGGUGAUGAACUUAUAUCAGCUGCAUCCAUAAGGAUCCAUGGGAGUCAGCUGGCAGAGAUGCCAUUUAUUGGUACUCGACAUAUGUAUAGGCGUCAAGGAAUGUGCCGUCGGCUUCUGAAGGCUAUAGAAUCGGCUCUUUAUUCUCUUAAUGUUGAGAAACUGGUCAUUCCUGCCAUACCUGAACUCCAACAGACUUGGACAUGUGUUUUUGGUUUCGAGCCCAUUAAGGAAUCAACUAAGAAAGAAAUGGAACAUAUGAACUUGAUAGUAUUCCCAGGGAUAGACAUGUUCCAGAAGUCUGUACCAGUGCAACAGCUCCAGGAAAACGACAUGGAAUCUGAUACAGCUAAUGAGUUCAUUGCACUCAGUAAAGAAGAUUCUGUAGUUGUGAUUCCUGCAUGUGACUCAACCUCUACCCUCGAACUGGCUGAUACUUCUGGUGGGGGAAACUCUUUAAAUAGUGUACAGGAAAAGAACGAGGUAGAGAAGUCAAACAAACAUCAUGAGCAGUCAAAAUCCGAGGGGAUGCAUGUUAGCCAAAUGGAUAUUUUCCAUUCAAAUUCGUGUCCAAAUAGAGGUGUCUCAGUUUCUGCAUCUGUAGAGACGUCCGAAGCAAGAAAUGAGAUAGGUACUCAUGUUAAAGAUGACAAAGUACCUAUCCCCAUGAAGCAACAUGAUAAUGGCAUUAUAAAUGGGGAGCAAGAUACUUCAGUUGAUUGCAGUUCAACUCUGAAAGACAAAAAUGGUUCUCCUCUGGGUGAACUACAGAUGAAUAAUGAAGAAGUAUAUACUGGCGAAUUCGAGUCCGCCUCUCCUGUUGACCAAGCAAAUGUUACACAGGUUGAUGAUCCAGAGAUAUCUUGUGUUUCAAGCCAUGAACAACCUGGGUUAACUCAUCUUUGCAACUCAAGUAGUACUGUACAGGUGAGCUCGUGCCAGUUGUUAAAUACUACAACUAAGUUGUUCUAACGCGGCUGUCAUGACGAUGCUGUGUAAGUAGAUUGGAAUCUUUGAUAGACAGUGCAAGACUUGUGAAAAACUACCAAUAGUAGGCUGUUGUAGUAUUACAUUUUGUUGGAGAAUGGAACUAACUUUGGGGGUGAUAAAAACUUAGCUUAGUUUCCCAUCUUUUUAACAUUUUGGCAGACUAGUUUAAAGAGAUCAUUAGUAAGGGGGGCUUUGCUUAAUCAUCAAAAUGCCUCAACUCUUUUAUAUAUUUUAUACCAUUUCAACUUUCAAUACUCAAUGUC